AAACUUUAGUGUUUCUGAACCGUUAUACGCAUGACUGUGUUUGUGCAGUCAGUAAAAUGGCGGAAGCGAGUGUUUCAUGGGCUCAGGAUCAGUUCAUCUGUUCAAUCUGUUUGGAUUUACUGAAAGAUCCAGUGACCAUUCCCUGUGGACACAGUUACUGUAUAAGCUGUAUUACAAACUGCUGGAAUCAAGAUGAUCAGAGAGGAGUUUAUAGCUGCCCUCAAUGCAGACAGACCUUCAAUACAAGACCUGAUUUAGGGAAGAAUGUGAUGCUUGCUGAGAUGUUGGGGAAACUGGAGAAGACAAAACUUCAGACCGAUCGAUUUCCUCUGAGUGAUGCUAGACCUGAAGAUGUGAAGUGUGACGUCUGUACUGAGAGAAAAUACAAAGCUAUCAAGUCCUGUCUGGUGUGUCUUGAAUCUUACUGUCAAACUCACUUUGAACAACAUGAAGCUUUUCGGACAGGAAAGAGACACAAAGUAAUUGAUGUGACAGUAAGACUUCAGGAGAUGAUCUGCUCUCAACAUGACAAACUCAUCGAGGUUUACUGUCGCACUGAUCAGAGAUGUAUUUGUUAUCUGUGUGAGAUGCAGGAACACAAAAAUCACGACACUGUAUCAGCUGCAGCAGAGAGAACUGAGAAACAGAGAUUACUGGAGGACAAGCAGAGAAAACUCCAUCAGAGAAUCCAGGAGAAAGAGAAAAAGCUUCAGGAUCUAAGAGAGGCUGUGAAGAUUCACACACAGGAGAUUGAUGAUCUGAGGAGAAGAAAUGAUGAGAUGGAGAAACUUUCACAAACAAAAGAUCACAUCAGUUUCCUUCAGAGUUUUCAGUCUCUCUCUUCAUCUUCUGGAUCUCCAGACAACAUCACUGUCUCUUCACUUUUCUCUUUUGAUGAUGUGAUGACAUCUUUCACUAAACUGAAAGAAAAGAUGGAGGAUUUCUGUAAAGAAGAGAUUGAAAAGAUAUCUGACAAAGUUUCAUUUAUUGAAAUUAUUCCCAAAGAACCCAAGACCAGAGCGGAGUUUAUACAAUAUUUUAGUCUGCUCUCUCUGGAUCCAGACACAUCAAGCAGAUUUAUUUGUCUGUCUGAGGAGAACACAGUGGCUACUCACACUUACACAGAUCAGAAGUAUCCUAAACAUCCAGACAGAUUUGAUGGUUGUCCUCAGGUGUUGUGUAGAGAGAGUUUAUGUGGACGCGGUUACUGGGAGAUUGAGUGGAGUGGUGAUGUGUUUAUAUCAGUGUCAUAUGAGAGCAUCAGCAGGAAGGGAGGAGGUGAUGAGUGUGGAUUUGGAUAUAAUGAUCAGUCCUGGAGUUUAGACUUCUCUCCUUCUGAAUGUUCAUUCUGGCACAAUAAGAUAAAGACAGAUCUCCCAAUGGUCUCCAGUUCUUGUAGGAUAGGAGUUUAUGUGAAUCACAGUGCAGGAAUUUUGUCUUUCUACAGCGUCUCUGACACAAUGACCCUCAUCCACAGAGUCAACACCACAUUCACUCAACCUCUCUAUCCUGGGUUUGGGUUACGUCAGAGGUCAACAGUGAAACUAUGUCAACAAUGUAAUUGAAUUGAUACCUGCUUAGAACCGGGGCUGGUUCUUGCCAGCUAUUGAAAGGUGGGCUAGCAGAUAUCCUGGGUGGGCAAUUUUAUAUAUAUCCAGUGUUAAAUGGACUCUCGCAGAGUUGAUUUCAACACUUUUUCAGAGUUUAUAUAGCUCCACACCUAUCAGAGUUAAAUGAACACUUUCAAGAUAAAAAUGUUUAACACUUCGCCAGAGUUUCUUUGACUCAUAAAAGUGUUAAAGGGGUCAUAUUAUGGGUCUUUCAUGUCCCCAGAGUGCAUAUGUGAACUUUUAGCUCAAAAUACCCCAAAGAUAAUUUAUCAUAGCAUGUUAAAAUUCCACUCACUAGUGUUAAAUGUACACUGCUGGUGUUUAUACAGUAUUGGUACCACCAGACCAGUGAUACCCAUAUAUACACCAGUAGUGUACAUUUACCACUGGUGAUUUUGCUCUGUAGGUGCAAGCAAAAAUUUCCAGUUUUGUGUGUAUAAUUUAUAAUGCAAGUGAGCUGAUGAAAUGGAAAUAUUGAUCACAAUGAUGGUGACUUUAAAUAAAACAUCCAACAAACUCUACAAGUAAGAUGUAAAAUGCAAUUUUAGGUUUCAAACAGAGAUGGAGAUUGCAUUACAGGAGCAUUACAUUUUUUUAAAGGGGUCAUAUUAUAUAGUUUUUUUAAUAUCAAAUAAAUCUUUGGUGUCCCCAGAGUACAUAUGUGAAGUUUUAGCUUAAAAUAGCACAGAGAUAAUUUAUUAUAACAUGUUAAAAUUGACACUUGUAGUUUUGAGCAAAAAUGUGCCGUUUUCUUUAAACCCUUAAUACAGUUCGCGGCAAUUUUUUUAACCAAUGUAUAAAUUGUAGUUAAUAAUUUUAAGAAUAACCUCUUUGACUAAAUUUUGAUUGGGUGGGCAUUGGCAGACGUUUGGGUGGGCUUAGCCUGCCCAUGCCUAGAGCCGGCCCUGGUUGUAAAUAAAUAAUAAAUGUUAUAUUUUAUUAUCUGAUGUGCAGUCACCCUUUGCCUAGAAAUUGCAAAACUGUACUGGUGUAAUUUUAUCAAGAAGCUUCCUAAGGGUUUCACCUUUAGGUGAAAUUUAAAGAAUAAAGGAGUUCACAUUAAUUCUGCUCUCUUUGGCUGCUUCAAUAUUCAGUCCAAGUGAUCGUUUUUUUUUU